AUGUCGAACGAAUGGAUGAAGGAUGGAACAGAAGCGGCUCUAUCAACCGUUAUAUCACUGAAUGAAAAAGAUCUUGACGAUGCAGCAAAAUACACAGGACUUGCAGAAGACUACUCCUUAGAUCCUGAAUACGAAAAAAAAUUCGUGAGAAAGAUCGACUGGUAUAUCCUACCAAUGAUUGCAGCACUGAUGUCCUGUCAGUUGAUGGACAAAACAACCAACUCUUAUGCGGCGGUUAUGGGGCUUCGGACAGAUCUUAAGAUGAGCUCGCAAGAGUAUAGUUGGGUAGGAUCAUCUUUUUAUCUCGGCUAUUUGGUAUUUGAGUACCCUGCUGGGUUGGCCUUACAGAAAUUACCCUUGUCCAAAACUUUGUCAGUAGCAGUGAUUAUUUGGGGCAUUGUACUAAUGUGUCAUGCAGCUUGCCAAUCCGCUGCAACAUUUCUUCUCUGUCGUACAUUGUUAGGAGUGUUUGAAGGAUUUAUGAAUCCAGCAUACAUCUUGCUGACCUCUCAAUGGUACAAGAAGGAGGAACAGUUUAUGAGAACUUGUUUUUGGUACGGCUCUCAGGGAUUAGGAACUUUAUUGGGUGCAGCAAUUGCCUAUGGGCUGAAAGUUCACAGAGAUGGAGAGCACUCGUUUGCCUCAUGGAGGCUAUUUUACAUUAUCACUGGUGUGAUCACAAUUUUUCUUGGUGUCGUCUCAAUGCUUCAUAUCCCAGAUCUCCCAGUGAAAGCUUGGUUCUUAAAUGAAGAAGAUAAACGUUGUUGUGUUGAAAGAGCUCGACACAAUCAACAAGGUUUUGGAAACCACCGACUAAAACUUCCUCAACUAAGAGAAGCUGCACUUGAUCCAAUAACGUACCUGAUCUUUAUCUAUGCCAUGACCUAUGCUAUUCCAAAUGGGGGGCUCAAUAAUUUUGGAACGAUUUUACUCAACUCAGACUUUGGAUUCAGCACUACCGACUCAAUUUUAAUGAACAUGCCUGGUGGUGCCAUUGAUGUUGUCAUCCCUCCCUUAGUGGCUAUUAUCAACCACAAGUUCCUGAAGGAUAAAAGACUUAUCUCUAUGAUACUGGUCAAUCUUCUCUGCGUGGUUGGCACCUGUCUUCUCAUCUUCACAGGCCCUAGGGGAUCCAGACUUGCAGGAUACUACAUCAUUUAUACGUCAACAACAUGUAUGGCGGGAAUAGCAUCUAUCGUCUCAUCCAAUGUUGCUGGCCACUCGAAAAAGGUUGUCGUCAGCACUGUUUUCCUCAUUGGAUACUGUGCUGGAAAUAUGAUUGGGCCCCAAACAUUUGUUGAGGCGCAGGCUCCGGAUUAUGUUGGUGCUAAGACCGCAAUGCUGGUCUGUUAUUGUGUUGGAGCAGCCGCUAUGGGGGCGAUGUAUGUGAUUUACUACAGGAGAAACCGCAAGUGGGGAAAACCAGCAGCUGAGACUGGAGAUCUUGCUUUUGCAGAUCUGACGGACAAGCAAAACCCAGAUUUCAGAUACGAGCUUUAA